GAGGCGCUGGAUCCCGUUCCUAAAGAAACUCCAUUCCGGAUCUCCUAAUGAUCCGGAAUCCAUGUUGUUCCUACAGCCACGGUGUUAGCAGAGUGCUCUGGCCGAAAAACUCUCACGUUGCAACUCAGUGUGAGAAGUGUAUAUAGGUCCCCGAAAGAAGAUGGCAGACUACCGGGACGACACGGGAGCUCGAGCCCUCCUGGCUUUGCAGUCCGCACCUUGCAGUCCGGUGCGCGUCGGGAUAACACACGCGUACCAGUCCACUCUUUCCAUAUCAACUUCCCCGGUUAUGGGAACUCGAGGGACCACAAUCCUACCCGUUCGACUCUCUACCCAUAUGAAGGCCCUGGCCAGACUCGAAGGCCGGGACUUUGAGUUUGUAAUGCGCCAGAGGACAAUCACCAUAGGCCGGAACUCGUCCCAUGGCUCUGUGGACAUUAACAUGGGUCAUUCAAGCUUUAUCUCUCGACGGCACCUACAAGUUACAUAUGACGAGUCGAGCGGUUUUUUGCUUCGCUGUCUCGGGAAGAAUGGCGUGUUUGUUGACGGGGUGUUUCAGCGGAGAGGGGCACCGCCACUGCAGCUACCCCGAGAGUGUGUUUUCCGGUUCCCAAGCACGGUGAUAAAGAUCCAGUUUAUGUCUCUCCUGGAGCCCGAGCUGCAGGGGGAGAAGGAGCACCCCUCUCCGGCACCGCGCUCCCUGCUGCCCCACAUCUCCCCGCUCAAAAUCACCAUUCCCACAAUGCAGCAGCACGAGGACCACAUCCGGGCCUUUGGCUCCCCGCUGCCCUCUCCCACGGGCACCCUCAGUGUUCCCAACUCCUGUCCGGCCAGCCCACGAGGGGCGGGGUCGUCAGGGUACCGGUUCGUUCGGAACGUGACCUCCGACCUCCAGCUCGCGGCGGAGUUUGCGGCCAAGGCGGUGUCGGAGCAGAGGCAGGGUCUGGUCCGGCAGGCCAGCGGAGGAGCCGAGCCCCGGGGGGAGUCGGCCGGCAGCGACAGUCCUAAGGAUGAUUCCAAGCCUCCCUACUCCUACGCCCAGCUGAUCGUCCAGGCCAUCUCCUCGGCCCAUGACAAGCAGCUGACGCUCAGCGGCAUCUACUCCCACAUCACCAAGCACUAUCCCUACUACCGCACGGCAGACAAGGGCUGGCAGAAUUCCAUCCGACACAACCUGUCUCUGAACCGCUACUUCCUGAAGGUGGCGCGCUCCCAGGACGAGCCGGGCAAGGGCAGCUUCUGGCGGGUGGACUCGGCCUCGGAGAGCAAGCUGGUGGAGCAGGCCUUCAGGAAGAGGCGGCAGAGAGGCGUGGCCUGUUUCCGCACGCCCUUCGGACCCCUCUCCUCCAGGAGCGCCCCGGCCUCUCCCACCCACCCGGGCCUGCUCUCCUCCCCCUCCAGCGGGCUGCAGACCCCCGAGGGCAUGAGCAGGGAGGGCUCCCCCAUCCCCCACGACCACCACGAGCAGCUGGCCCACAAGCUGACCUCCGUGCCCGAGUACCGGUACUCUCAGAGCGCCCCAGGGUCUCCCGUCAGCGCCCAGCCGGUCAUCAUGGCCACCCCCCACCACCCUUCCCCCCUGCCCUCGGGCCUGGGGAAGGCCCUGGCCCUGGUUCCCGGGGGCGGGGGUCCCGCUCAGCCCUUCCACCUGAUCCAGAGCUCCUCGCAGCCGGCCCUCACCAUGGUGCGGGUGGUGACCAGCGCCGCCCUCUCCUCCAACCUCCCCAACGGUUACAUCUCCACGGCCUGCACCACCAUCCCCGGCCAGCAGGGGGCAGUUGAGGGCAGCAAUGGUCAGCUGAGCUGGGAGAGACCCAUGCAGGUGGUGGAGGUGGGCGGCCAGGGUCCCGAGGGCCGAGCUGUGACCCUGGGGCUGCACCAGCUCCCAGUGCGGCCCGUCACCCAGAACGGACAGCACACCUCCACUGUGGUCGCCACCAGCCUGGCUAACGCCUAUGCCCUCAGCAGCCCCCUUCAGAUCCUGGCCGCCCAGGCCUCAAGCUCCCCCCCGGUGCUGGUGAGCCGGCUGGCCAGCGCGGGCUCUGACGGGGGCCUGGCCGAGCCCCAGGCCAAGAGGGUCAAGACGGAGGAGGACCUGGACCCGCCCCCCCAGCCCGCGGUCGCCCCCGCCCAGCAGCCAGUCAUCGUGUCUAUGAUAUCGCAACUCCACGACCCCAGGAAGUGAAACCCAGGACGCCCCCUUCCCCCAGGUUGCCUAGCGAACCCCCGACACACACAGACACGCACCACCAUCACCCCCGCCGCAGUCCAGGUCCCACCCUGACAGGACUGUAGGCAACACGGCUGCCCCGCAAACCUUCAGGCGGCCCCUCAAACUGAAGGGAAUUAGGCGAUACAUUUGAGCUAUUGGUCCAAGAAAGUAUCAAAGUGAUCGUUUAUUUUUAUUUUUUAAUCAUUCGUUUUUAAUCAUUAUUUUUUCGCUCAUCGUGCACCUAACCUGAUAUUUAAUCCUGAUGGAGCAUUUGACAUGUGGCAGGCCUCCCAUCUCCUUAAUUUACCCCCCCAGUUCUCCCCUAGUUGUUAAAUCAAAGCCACUUGCAGGCCAAAGAAACCAGCCGUCCAACACUGACUGAUGGAGGGAGUGGAGCGACCAACCCCUCUGUUGUGACUCUCAAAUCUCUCGGACUGUGUGUGUGUGUGUGUGUGUGUUUGUGUGUGAGGAACACGACUGAGGCGAGGUCAAUGCAAACCCAGUGGCCAGAUGUUGGACACCCAGACUGUAGUCUCUUCCUCUGAAAACCGAGGGUGAGAAGGAGGAAGAAGGGUGAUGUGUCGGAAUUAGAAAUCGGAAAAAUAUUUGAACCCAAGAAUUUCGUAUCAAUAUUAAGCCGGUUCGUAAGCGACUAUGUUUCAGUUUGGACGUAUAAAGCAUCCCCCCCCGUCAAGUGGAGGGGGUGUACCUCCUGGUGACCACGGAGCUGACCGAAGAACACCAGUGUUUCCCCCAGCACUGUAUGGUUAAGGCCUUAACAACAAUAGGGCCCUGCCUUGACUACCAUGUGUAAAAAAAAAUAAUAAAAAAAAUAUCUAUUUUAUUUUAUUCUUCCUUUUCCCCCUUGACCACCUUGACUAAGACAUUUUCUGGGGGAAACGCUGAACACGGAGCUAACCUAAUGUAGACAAACUGAUUGUUGUAUUGCUAAUUAUUCUCGUUUUGUGUAGAAAGAAAAACAAGGAGAGGAGGUGCAGUCCGGUCGGAACGGUUGUAGUCGUUUGUAAAAAAAGAAAAAAAAAGCAUCAUUGUAAUAAUCCUAAAUGCCUUAAAAACCUUCUUGUUGUCGUUUUUUAAUUUUAUUUGAACCUUUAUUUGUUUUAGACUGCUUUACAGUUUUAGAAUGUUAACACAGCACUUCUUGAGCAGUACCUUAUCCGCUACACUACAAACGUUUCACCAUCUUGCUAACCGAUGACGCCGCGUAUGUUGACUUGAUUUUUGUAACCAGGGGAAGGGCGGGACCAACACACAACCACAUAAAUCUCAUUUGUUUGACAUGUGUCAAUCAUGUCUUCAUGGGUAUCACUCGCUUCCAUUCUCAGCUUUUCAACUGUUUUUUCAUGUCUCGCAGCCCAUCCCUCUUUCUCUGCAUUAUCUUGGCGACCUGUGGUAAAUCGCAUCUGCAGUUGUUCAGAUGGCUUUUCCUUUGCAAUUAGCCGCCCCUUGUUGGAUCAUCCUCCAGCAUUACUCUCUCUCUCUUCUUUCUCACCACCAUUGACAAGCAGCCGUUAACUCGUCCCAAUUUCCACUGUUCAGGCAUCCAUUUUAAAUUUGCGUUUAUUUAGUUUUUCGCUGUCUGUCAAUCACAAACCUGUGCAAGAUCUGAUGAUUGUUGUUGCACAUAAGUUAAAUUUAACAAAAGCAAUGUAUGCUGAUUGUAUGCUGCUCUUUUUACCUGUUAAACAACAUGGCCGUUGAACGCCUUUUUUCCUAUUUUACAAAAAGUGAAAAAAUAUUUUGCUAUGACCAGCUGUCAAAGUUAUGCAUUUUGGAAAAUGGAGAGAUAUAAAUAUGUAUUUUUAAAUGUUCAUCUUUUGUGAUUUGUUAAAGAAAAAUUGUGUAGCACAAAUUAAAACAAUCUCAUUGACAUCA